UUAAUUCUAUAUGAGCGCGAGCGGCGGGAGCUCGGGUCUUUUUACCGCCAGCCGCGCGGCGCCUCCGCCUCGCUCCUGAGUCACCGCCGGUCCCGGCCCGCGCAGGGUUCGAAAUCUGAGAAUGGCAGACAUCGACAACAAAGAACAGUCUGAACUUGAUCAGCAAGAUAUGGAAGAUGUUGAAGAUGUGGAAGAAGAAGAAACUGGUGAAGAUGCCAACAGCAAAGCUCGGCAGUUGACUGUGCAGAUGAUGCAAAAUCCUCAGAUUCUUGCAGCUCUUCAGGAAAGACUUGAUGGUCUGGUAGGAACAUCUACAGGAUAUAUAGAGAGCUUGCCUAAAGUUGUUAAAAGACGUGUGAAUGCUCUCAAGAAUCUUCAAGUUCAGUGUGCACAGAUAGAAGCAAAGUUCUAUGAGGAAGUUCAUGAGCUGGAAAGAAAAUAUGCUGCUCUCUAUCAGCCCUUAUUUGACAAGCGAAGUGAGAUCAUCAAUGCAAUCUAUGAACCUACAGAGGAAGAAUGUGAAUGGAAAGCAGAUGCUGAAGAAGAAAUUUCAGAGGAAAUGAAAGAGAAAGCCAAGCUUGAAGAAGAAAAAAAAGAUGAAGAAAAGGAAGACCCUAAAGGAAUUCCUGAAUUUUGGCUGACAGUAUUUAAGAACGUGGACUUGCUCAGUGAUAUGGUUCAGGAACAUGAUGAACCUAUCCUGAAACACUUAAAAGAUAUAAAAGUGAAGUUCUCAGAAGCUGGACAGCCUAUGAGUUUCACAUUAGAAUUUCACUUUGAACCAAAUGACUACUUCACAAAUGAAGUGUUGACGAAGAUGUAUAGAAUGAGAUCAGAGCCAGAUGAUUCUGAUCCCUUUUCCUUUGAUGGACCAGAAAUCAUGGGUUGUACAGGCUGCCAAAUAGACUGGAAAAAAGGCAAGAAUGUUACUUUGAAAACAAUUAAAAAGAAGCAGAAACACAAGGGUCGUGGAACAGUUAGAACAGUGACAAAAACUGUUUCCAAUGACUCCUUCUUUAACUUCUUUAGUCCUCCUGAAGUUCCUGAAAGUGGAGACCUGGAUGAUGAUGCUGAGGCAAUCCUUGCUGCAGACUUUGAGAUAGGUCAUUUCUUACGUGAACGUAUUGUCCCCCGAUCAGUAUUGUACUUCACAGGAGAAGCUAUUGAAGAUGAUGAUGAUGAUUAUGAUGAAGAGGGUGAAGAGGCAGAUGAUGAGGAGGGGGAAGAAGAAGCAGAUGAAGAAAAUGAUCCUGAUUUUGACCCAAAAAAGGAUCAAAACCCAGCAGAAUGCAAGCAGCAGUGAAGCAGUGUGUAUGUGGCCUUGAGGAUUACCUGCACUGUAAUAGCCUAAACACAACUAUUAGUUACUUACAGCCUUAUGUUUUGUAUCUUGGUAGAAUUAAGUAACCAAUUUGUUAAAAAAUGGAAUCAAACACAUAAGAACCAGUUUAAAAUGUAGGUUCAAUCUACCUAACAUUUAAACAGUAUAAUUUUCUGCCAAUAUGUAGAAUGCAGUAAAUCCCCUAAAGCAUGAAUGUUAAUUCAUUGCUACAUAGUUUGGUUCUUGUGAAGUCUUUGUCAUGUAGCUAUUAGACUGCAGCUGUGAAGAUUAUCAGAACUGUUAACUGAGACCAAUAUUUGUUUAGAGAAAACUCUCUCCUGAAGAACCAACCAAAGUAUUUUUUCAGCCCAGUAGUCUGAACGGGUUUAAGUCUGCUUGCACUAGCUGUGCCUUCAUUACUUUGUUAUAGAAAUGGCAGUGACUUGUACUAACUAGGAGAUGAUGAUGCGUUUUGAAUUUGACUACUUGAGAAGACUAGUAUAACUUGUUUAAUUUCCAAUGAGACCACAUUAAACAUUCAUACCUGUCAGCUUGUUUAUGCUAUGGGUUUUGUAUUUUAUGUGACAUAGUGAUCUACAAAAGAAACCUAGCCAUCAUAUUAAGGUUAUUGUUUACCACGGGGUGUGAAUAAAACCUAGUAUUUUCA